UCACCGAUGCAUUAUUGAGCCUGGGAACCCUACAGGUGGCCGGGCGUCCUGUUAGAACGAGAAAGACCGUGGCAGAGCCGAGCCGAGGCCCUCGACAAAGAGGGAACUCUCGCCGGCGAAAGGGACAUGGAGAACGAAGAGGUGGAGAACAGCCGUGAGCAACGCCCGGAAAGGGGUUGCAAAAGUCAACGGAAGCGUUAGGGAUAUUUUAGCUCGACGUCGGACUUUCCCCCCGACUUUCUGACUUUUGUACCGUUUCGUUUCUUCCUCGGAUUUUCUUCCUUAAGAGUCAUUAUCAGAGCUCGGACGUUUGCGUGCGUUUACGGAUAAUCUAUGACCGCUGGUCGAAAGAAUAAGAAACAUCGUGUAAAUAAUGGGACGAGACGUUAUCUGAGAUGUAAUAUCGGUGAACUUGAGAAGUGGAUAAGUCGCGAGCAUUGAGAGAAUCGAGCGACGUUCAACCGUCGUUCAACAUUUCAUUAGGUGUUGCAGUAUGCAAGGAGCCGUGACUAUAUAUUCUUUCGUUGAACGAGACAUCGCGGGGAGAGCAGCGAUGGUCGCAACGAAAAUCGGAAUGCAACGCUAGAAAGCAACGCUAUCGCUGUUAUUGACGACAAGAACCAACGAACAUCGUUGAAUUUUAGGAAAUAAAUUUAUAAUCGAAUAACGAGAAACAAAAGUGUAAUUGGCGAUAUCGGUUUCGAGGAACGUCUAACAGUUUAAAAUCUGGCAACCUAAUUGCAUUUUCACCACUAAGUUUCAGGAAAGCAUGGAGGAGAGUAGCCGGGGUGAGAGUUUGUGCAAAGUUUGCGGCGACAAAGCAUCCGGCAAGCAUUACGGAGUACCGAGUUGCGACGGAUGCCGUGGCUUCUUUAAGCGGUCGAUCCGCAGGUAUGCGAGAAACCUGGAUUACGUCUGCAAGGAGAACGGCCGCUGUAUCGUGGACGUUUCUCGUCGUAAUCAAUGCCAGGCAUGUCGGUUUACCAAGUGCCUUCAGGUCAACAUGAAACGAGAUGCGGUGCAGCACGAGAGAGCUCCACGAAAUACGUCGUCCCUGGUCGCAGCCGCGAGAAGAGGUCCGUCGGUAUUAUAUCCUGGAAUCCCACACGUUUACCACGCAGCGAGCAACCCUUACCAUCCCCUUUUGUAUCCUGCGCUAUUUCCCUUUAAGCCGACAAUGUCGGCUUUUACACCAUCGGUCGCACAUUUUCUGCCACGUUCACCGACAGAGCCAUUAACGGUGAACACAGCUAAAGAGGACGAGGUGACGAGUUCCGAGGAGGCGGGACCGAUCGAAUCGAGGAUCGAACCAAAGGAGGAACUCGCAAGCGCUCGACUAGCACCGUCUGUUACGAACUCUGGAGCAACAGAAUAUAUAUCUAGCUUCUCUAUUUUACCCACGGAGAACAUCUACGAAUUUGCGGCGAAAUUACUCUUCUUUGCUGUCAGAUGGGCGAGAAGCAUUCAUUCGUUCUUACAACUGCCCUACAGAGACCAAACUAUCCUACUGGAAGAAUCUUGGAGCGAACUUUUCGUGUUGACCGCCGCGCAAUGGAACUUUCCAGUCGACGAAUCCACUUUGGUACCGAACGAUUUAUCAUCCGAAAGAAAAGAAACGCUCGUCGACGAAGUAAGGAAGCUGCGAGAAUUAUUGGCAAAAUGUGCUCUUCUCAGGGUCGAUCAUUCGGAAUACGCCUGCUUGAAGGCCAUAGUUCUCUUCAAAGGAGAAUCGCGAGGACUAUGUGAACCAGGGCGAAUAACAGCGUUACAAGAACAAACGGUAGCUGUAUUUUGCGAGAGGGAUGCACGGAGGGUUGGACGACUUUUGUUGCUGUUACCGCCUGCACGCGCGCUUUGUCGAUCAAUCUUGCAAGAAUUGUUGUUCAAGCCGACGGUAGGGGAUGUCAGCGUGGAACGAUUAUUGGGCGAUAUGGUCAGUGCUCUCAGGCCCACAUAACGCCAAUUCGACUCGGUCGGUACGAUACUCUUGGGGCAAGCCACCAAUUUAUAUCAACAAUUGCUUCAAAGACAAUUGCAACUUUUUUGGAGGAACGAUCGUUUCCAAUGAUCCUAAGAUUUCGGCGUUUUAUUGUUCGCUAUUUCUUUUCAAAUCACAAGGAGACGAGGAGUAAUAGUACCGAUGCAUCGACCGUUCUCAUGUCGAUAAAGAAGGUUUUUCAUAGAAAUCGAAAGUCGGCGGAAUAAUUCGAAAAGUAUUAAACGUUUACGUAAAUCUAGUCAAUUCUUUCCUAUGCGUACUGUGUAAAUUACAAUGUGACACUGUUAAGUCUAACUGCGACCUGUACAUAUACGUAUUAGAAGUAAGUGUUCCAUAAUACAUUAGCGAAGUGAAACGUUGCUCUUUUAUUACAAAAUUGUAUGUUUUCUUUUCUCCUUCUUUUUUCAUCUUUAUCGACGAAUUAAAAAUAUCUCGUUCGUUAAUCGUAAGAUGCAUUUCCUGAGCAAUUUUCGAUAUAUACAGGUAGAUUCGUGAACUUGUCAAAGAUUGCGGGAAGACGUGGGACAGGCGGUAUUCAUUCACGAACGAAGAAAAUGUGUGAAAUCAAAAUACAUCGACAGA